AUGGGGAAUGUACCAACGAAGGAAGCGAGAAGUAGGUCAAGCUCGAAUGUUUCUGAUUUCCAUAAUGGUGGAGGAUCGAGUUCCAAUACAUUUACUACUGGCACAUCGUCUUCAUCUUCUUCAAAUGGUCGCCAUUCUAAACAUCUUUGGAAAGGGAGUAGCGGUCUCACUGGACUUGUCAAUAAUCACCAGCGAUCCGCUUCGUCUGAAUUGCGAAAAGCCAAACGUCAAGAAGAAAAAGAUCAAAAACAAUAUCACCAUUAUAGCCAGUUGAUUGUAAGACUAGAGGAAAAUGUCGAUGGUGGUUAUUUGGCACCAUAUGGAACUUACAAAUCAAAUCUUGAUUUUGAUACUGAUAUAGUGCGGUCGUUGAUUGUCAAUCGUGAAUUGUCACCGUUUUUUACACCGUUGCAAGAUUUUGACAACAGUUGGACCGAUGACGAGUUGUGUAUCUUGCUAUCACAAUUACCUUUGCAUGCGUUGGAAGAACCAACCGAGUUGAAUGGGUUCGAAGAAGAAGAGGAUGCCGAUAGUCACAAGAUCCACAAAAGUGCUAAUUAUUAUAAACGACAAGAGGAAAAAGCCAAGUUGAAGCUGUUAAUUUCACGAAUGAAGGAAAUUCAAAAGGAUGAAGAGCAAAAAUAUAUUGAUUCCAAGGGUAAAUCCAAGCGAAUACCUAGUAGGGAUCUAUGGCUAAGGUUGUAUCGAAACCCCAGUGAAUGUCCUAUUUGUUUCUUGUACUACCCGAAACACUUAAACGUCUCUCGCUGUUGUUUACAACCUAUAUGUACUGAAUGUUUUGUACAAAUCAAACGUUUGGACCCCCAUCCACCACACGAUGACCCAUCGAACCAUCAAGCGGGAGAGCAACCGCAUUCCCUCAUUUCUGAGCCGGCCAGUUGUCCUUAUUGUGCCAUGCCCGAAUUUGGAGUCACAUAUGACGCUCCAUUAGAUAUACAUACAGGGAUAGGUGGAAUUCUACCGGGGGAUUACAAAGCCACUGGUGCUAUUUUAGAGGAUGAAGAAGGUGAUGGCACAAAUGCCAACGAUGAGGCGGUUGCUGAGGAUGAUGAUUUUGCAAGCAGCCCAUCUCCCGUAAGGAGCAAUCGUAAGAGUAUAGGGUCCCCCAUUCCCACAUCACCACCACCACCUAAUUCGAUGCAAAAUAAGUUAUGGCCACAAAAGAAAAAGGGCAAACAACGUAGCAGGCGAAGUUCAGUCGCAGCAAAUGCUCCAGGUGUCAUUACCAUUGACCAGAUUCGUCCUAACUGGGAACAAACUUUGAAUAGUGCGAGAAACAAAUUAGCUAGGCGAGCUGCCACUGCCAGUGCAAUUCAUGCUAGUAAUUUAAUUAUAAAUGACAACGAAGGCGAUGGUGAUAGGGGCAAUAAUAACUCUAGAUUGAGAUCGGGCACAACGGGUUCAAGCUAUGAUGCAACUGAUUACUCGUUAGUUGAGCAGCAAAUGAUAAAUGAAGCGAUGAGAUUAUCAUUAUUGGACGAGGAAGAAAGGAAAAGAAAAGCCGAGCGAGACAAGAUGUAA